UUUAUAUUUUGGGAGCGAAACCUUUUAAAUCAAAACUCGAAAACCGGCAAUUUUAGUCUUCAAACCUUUCUUUGCCCGCGUUAGCAUCAAAGCUCUCUCCUUUCCUGAUUUCCCCCCUCAAAACUCAAAAAGAAUCCAGCAGUAAGCAGUGUACUAACCCACCCACCUUCUUCAAUCAACAAUGGCGGAGGACCCAUCUCCGCCAUCACCAGAACUCACCGAAGAGUUAAGGCAAAGGAUAGAAACCAACCGUUUACGUGCCUUAGCCAAGCGCCAAGCAUCCUUAUUAUCAAACCCUCAACACCCAAUUGAUUACUGGAAAUCAUUCAAAUCACGGAAAGUAAUCGACCCAUCAACCAAUUUACCCGUUCCCUCCAAAAUUGAACCCGUUUCUCCGCCUUCGAGGUUUCGGGUUCGACUCGAAAUCUGUUCUUCUGAUUCUUUCUUCAUUAAUCCUGAUCGAAUUCAAGGGUUUUGCUUUCCGGGUCAAGAAGAUUGCUUUCAAAUUAUUGAGGCUUGUCUUUCAAAUGUUAUGUCGACACAUUAUACACAAAUCCAUGGUGGUGGGAAGGCGUCUGUUUAUAAGCUUACAUAUUAUGACGCAGUUCUUAAAUGCUUAAAGAACUGCACUGACAUUGAAGAAGUUGAAGAAAUACCAUGGACAACUUAUAAUGUGAUGAUGAAACUUUCUCAUUCCCACAUGCCUGGAAAUUGGACACCGUGUAGGCCUGAGCAUUUGCCUGAUGAGAAGGUUGAGGAACUGAUAAAGAAGCUGCCAAGAAAAUUGUUGGAUACUCUCUUGCCUUUUCAGCUUGAUGGACUAAAAUUUGGAUUGCAAAGGGGGGGUCGGUGUCUUAUUGCUGAUGAAAUGGGGCUUGGCAAGACCCUUCAGGCCAUUGCCAUUGCAAGCUGCUUUGCCAGUGAAGGCUUAAUACUUGUUGUUUGCCCUGCUAUCUUACGCUAUGCAUGGGCUGAAGAAUUGGAACAUUGGCUUCCUUCUUAUUUGCCAGCUGAUAUCCAUCUUGUAUUUGGUUAUAAAGACAAUCCUGUGCAUUUGAAGAGAUGUCCAAAAGUUGUUGUCAUUUCUUAUACUAUGCUUAAACACUUGCGAGAUAGUAUACUGAAAUGGGAAUGGAGUGUCAUGAUAGUCGAUGAAUCACAUCAUAUACGAUGUUCAAAGAAGAAAUCAGAGCCUGGAGAGAUACAAGCUGUUCUCGAUGUGGCAUCUGAGGCUAAACGCAUAAUUCUGCUAUCAGGAACACCAUCUUUGUCAAGGCCAUUUGAUAUUUAUCAUCAGAUAAAUAUGUUAUGGCCUGGCCUGCUGGGUAAAGACAAAUAUGAGUAUGCAACUACUUACUGUUCUGCAAAACUUAUCAACAAUCAUAAAGGAAAGACAUUCAUGGAUGUCUCAAGGGGCACCCGUUUGGAGGAGCUGAAUGUUUUACUUAGACAAACUGUCAUGAUACGGCGUUUGAAGGAGCAUUUGCUAGUGCAGUUACCGCCUAAACGUAGACAAAUUAUUAGCUUAUCUUUAAAAAAAUCAGACAUUGCUUUUGCGAAGAAUGUUGUGGCAAAUCUGGGAGAGUCACAUACUAAUCAUGCUGACGCUGGAGGGCAUGAUCGAGAGCUAUCUGAUCAAGUGCUUGGUAUUUCUAAGGUGCUUGGAUUUCUUGAUUGGCUUUCCCUUCACCCUAUUGUUACUGAAGCAGAUGACUCAAAUAAUGCCGAGCUGGAUGCGAGUUCUCACAAAAUGAUAAUAUUUGCUCACCAUCUCAAGGUCCUAGAUAAAUUACAGGCGUUCCUUUGUAACAAAGGCAUUGGUUUUGUACGCAUUGAUGGUAAUAUACUUGAUCGCGACAGGCAAAUUGCUGUGAGGUCAUUUCAGUCAUCAAAAGAGGUCAAGAUUGCAAUCAUCGGAAUUUCAGUUGGCUAUGCAGGACUGGAUCUUUCAGUGGCUCGUAAUGUGGUCUUCCUGGAGCUUCCCAAAGACCCAACUUCCUUGCAGCAGGCUGAGGAUAGAGCGCAUAGAAGAGGACAAACCAAUGCAGUCAACAUUUACAUAUUUUGUGCAAAGGAUACAUCUGAUGAAUCACGCUGGCGAAAGUUGAACAGGAUUAUUCAACGUGUUUCAUCUGCAAUUGAUGGGAAGUAUGACGCAAUAAGAGAGAUUGCGGUUGAUAAUGUAUCAUGUAUCAGAAACAUGAACUUAUUUCAAAGUGUGAAUUCAAGUUAUGCUGCUCCAUCUAUAGAGAAGUGUCCUACAGAUGACAACGUACAGCAGAAUGGAGCCGAUUAUGAUGAUGAUGUUAAGACAGAUGAAAUGGUUGAAGUGACACAGGAGUUAACUAAAGAGAAUGAUUGUUUGACCAUAAGUCAGAGCUUUGUCCAAGUAAAUAUGGAUUCACUGCGCUUUGCGGUGAGUCAGUAUACUGGAAGAGUCCACUUGUGCACUUGUGAUCUUGCAGAAGAUUCAGCACCUAGAUCAUUAUCUGAAAAUUUCCGGCUAGAGGAAAUCUCUGCUGAUCCCAGUGAGUGGAGUUCUGUCUUCAUCAAGGAGAAUCCUACUUGCCAGCUUGCUAUUGUGAGCUUCAUAAAUGAGUGGAAGAACCUGAAACACAUUGAAAAGAAGAAGUUGUUUGGAAAGCCUUUGCAGUUACCUUUAGCCAUUGAACUAUUGCGCCUCAGUGAAAGCAACAACCACGAUAGAAAUGGACUUCUGAAAGGAGGAAGCAAGAGAAGGCAUACACCAUUAUUUGAAAUAAGUUUCCCUCUUCAAUCUAACGCAGCAUUAAAGCAAGUUUGUCUCCGUGAUGGUAGAAAGAAGAAGACAUUGCACUUACAGUAUUGGACGCUAAUGGAUGAACCCUUAUGCAAAUUCUGCCAAAAUACUUGCCAAGGUAUCAAUGCCAAGAAGCCCAAGGGGUUUUUUGAUCUUUUCUGCUCAAACGUCUGUUAUGACGAGUAUCGCUCAAGAACUAGUGGCAGAUACCUUCGUCAGGAGCUUUUUCAAAUUGAACGUGGUAUCUGUACAAAUUGUCAGCUCGACUGCCACAAGCUUGUGCAGCACUUAAUACCAUUAGCAAUGGGAAAUCGAGAGAAGUAUAUCGAGCGUGAGGCGCCGCAAUUGACUAAGCACAGAAAGUUGCUUGACAAACUUGUUCGUGAACCAACUGAAGGUAAUGCCUGGCAUGCAGAUCACAUAAUUGCUGUGUUCAUAGGAGGAGGUGAGUGCACAUUAGAAAACAUGAGGACGCUAUGUGUGGCAUGUCAUGCUGCUGUUACUGCAGCCCAACGUACCCAACGAUGUAUGGAAAAUAAGCUAUAUAGGAAGGCUUUGGCCAGUUUCAGAAAAAGUAAUAAAAAGAAGACACUGCGUAAGAACCGAAGUUCUGCAAUGAAAGAGAAGUUAGAUGAUGACAGUGAGUUACUAAUAGAUGUACCUGGCAGCAAUUAUUCUAAAGAAUCUGUAGAGAAAAAAGAUAUACCUGGCGGCAAUUAUUCUGAAGAAUCUGAAGAGAAGAAAGAUAUACCUGGCAGCAAUUAUUCUGAAGAAUCUGAAGAGAAGAAAGACGAUAGCAGCUUGAAACAACCAUUGAUUGCUGACUUCUCCAAGUUUAGCUACACUGGCACCUGUUGAGUCUAUUUUAGCAUGCAGGCUUGCAGCAGUGAAAUUUAAGGCACUAAGUUUGAGCAUACUGAUGCUUUUUGGAACAGCUUUUUAAAGGAGCUUUUUAGGGGAUUGUAUGCAGUAGGUCUUGUGUGUAUUAUGAUUUUGCUGUAGUAUUGUUUAGUCUAGGAUACAUGUUGUAAUCAAUUGUCAGGUAGUACAGGAAAUUUACUGUAUGAAUGAAGUGUAUCUUACUGCAAUU